AUGAAUAUACCCAACUCACCAACUUCCGGGCUCCUCCCCAGCAAGAAAACCACGUCAAUCAACGACCUCGCACCCGAGCUUCUUACGGAAAUCGGCCUCAUCCUCCCAUCCUACCACGCCCGCCAACUCUGUCUCUGCUCCCGGAAAUUCUCCAUCGCCGUCGGUUGGGCCCUCUAUCGCCGCGACGUUCUCAAAGGCCCGCACAUGCGCCACGAUAAAGGCGCCCAAGCCCUCUUCUGGGGCGCCAUCCAAGGGGUCCUCGAGACGGUGAAGAAAUCCGUGGCUCACGGGGCGGAUCCGAACGAGCCCAUGUUGUGGGCCAAUUACGGCAUACCAGACUUCAGGACGCCGCUGCAGAUCGCCACGCAGAACGGCCAUGCUACCGUGGUAUCCUACCUCCUCCAGGUCUGCGACGCCUCGCGGGAAGAGUUUCUCCUCAAUAACGACAACAUACUUUUCUACGCGCAGCGCCCCGACAUCAUGCGGCUUCUCCUCGAAGGCGGGUUCGAGGAGCUGGUGAACACCCGCGCCAUGCAGUGGCGCAUUGGCCGGACGCGACGGAGGUCGUUUCCAUUGCUCCACCAUCUCAACCUGCCCGUCCCGAAUGUCGAGGCCAUCAGGUUGCUACUCGAGCACGGCGCGAGUCCCUUUACCUGGGAUCCUAGCGGGUACUACCCAUGUGCGUGGCACAUGGCCAAGGUGACGCAUCAGAGGCAGGACUUGAUGGACCUGUUGAUUGAGUUCGGGUUCGAUGAGACGUCGCCCGAGCACAUGGGCUGA